UUCUGUCACUAGGUCCAGCCUCCUUUGAAGCAUGAGUUCCUACCAGCAGAAACAGCCCUGUCCCCCACCCCCACCGCCUCAAGAGCAGCAAGUGAAACAGCCCUGCCAGCCUCCACCGCAAGAAAUAUACAUCCCCAAACCCAAGGAGCCAUGCAUCAACAUCCCUCCACCUGGCAACCCCAACGUUCCUCAGCCUGGGAACACCAAGUUUCCACAAACUGGUGACACCAAAUUUCCAGAGCCAUGCUACCUCCAGUUUCCUGAACCAGGCCAAUCUACAUUUCCUGAGCCAGGUCCCAUCCUGAUCCCUGAGGUAGUCCAACCUAGAGUGCCUCAACCUGGCCAGUCCAAGUUCCCGGAGCCAUAUCCCAUAACAGUCAUUCCAGGUACAAUCCAAGAGGAGACCAAGCGGAAGUAAAAUGGUCCACAGCUGUGCACUUGAAGAGCUGACCACCAGAUGCUGAACACCUGCUCCUUUCUGCUUCUGUGUCUUAAUUGUCUGGAGACCUCAUCAUCAGUAUGUUUUCACCCUCAAUCAUAGCCUCUCUCUCAUUUGCACCCUAAAAAUAUGUGCUAUGCAGCUUUCCCUUAUACACCCAAAGAGUCCUCUGAGCCUUUGAAUUAUGCAGAUGGCCUUAGUGGCUCUGCUGGCCCUCAGUUGCUC